AUGACUCUUCCACAAUAUUUCAAAGGAUUUGCUGUAGAUAAGCCAGAGAACUGGAACAAACCUAAGUUGGUUGAAUACAAGCCAAAAGAGUUAGCAUCGCAUGAUGUCGUGUUGGAAAAUAUCUGCUGUGGUUUAUGUGGUAGUGAUAUUCACACCAUCAAGGGUGCAUGGAAGCCACUCAACAGAGACGAUCUUGUUGUUGGUCACGAAAUUAUUGGUAAGGUUAUUGCCGUAGGUAAGGACGUUAAGGAAAUCAAGGUUGGUGACAGAUGCGGAAUUGGUGCCUGUUCCAAGUCUUGUAUGGAUUGUUCAAGAUGUCAAAGUGAUAAUGAGCAAUACUGUACUAAAAAGGUCAGUACCUACAAUGCUAAGGAUUAUGAUACUGGCUACAUCUCCCAGGGUGGUUAUUCUUCUCACUCGAUUGCACACGAACAAUAUGUUUUCCCAAUUCCAGAUGAAUUGGAAUCCGCAGUUGCUGCACCAUUGAUGUGUGCUGGUUUAACUGUCUUCUCCCCAUUAGUCAGAAACCUUGGUGAAAAUGCUAAGGGUAAGACUGUUGGUAUUAUCGGUAUUGGUGGUUUAG